AACGAAGCUGGCCGUUUCAAAUGGUAAAUUUUCUGUCUCUUACUCCCACUGCCCAGAGAUAAUCUACGAUAUGGAGCUAUAAUUCUCAAUUUGUUUCACUUUUGCUAACGGUUUCGGUGAUUUUUGAGUCUUUUCCUUUAUGGGUCCGAAUUUCAUCAUGUAUUGUGGUUUACAUUUUGAUUUCUUUAAGAAAUCGUAUGUGGAUUGAGCUUACUGUUUUCCGUUAUAUAGUUUAUCGAGGUAUGGCUAUUGAUGAGAUGAAGUAAUGAUUUGGCAUAUCCGUUCUGUAGUUUUAUUGAGGCAUGGUGAUUGAUUAGAUGAAGUAUUGAUUUUUCAUAGUUUGAUUGGCAUUGUGAGUGUUGGAGAUGAGUUAAGUGUAAGAAAUCCUAAUACUGGUUGUGUAUCGCUUCCCAUAUAUUGGAGUUCUCCAUUUGGUAAUUGGAAUCUUGGAGUGAUCGGGGUGUACUUGUUUUGACAGAGAGGUUUGUGAAGAUUGAUUGCUGUCUGAUUUCUGAAUUGACUUUUAUAUCUCUUGUUGGACGAAGAGGGCAAAGAAGGCUGGAGGUGUCGGGACGUAUGAUAUGACGGAACUGAACAAUCCCCUCAUUGGAAUUAUCAAAUGCAGUAGCACAUGAGCAGAAACAAGGACAUUAAUUCAUUAGCUGACAUCUCCACCGUGAUCGCCGGCAUGGACAGAGUUGGCAGUGGCACAUUAGCGAUAUCCACUACUGAUGCAAUCCGCUCAUUCUUAACAGCAUCCUCUAUGAACCUUGACCUUCCGCAGGACCUGAGAGACCUCGCUUCCUCCCUUUCCCAGCACCCCUCCGUGUCAUACAGAUCUCUCAAGUCUAUUUGGAUUCAAUCUGACAACAAUACUCGACCUGAUCUUCUGAAUUUACUUGCCGGUUCGAAUUUCAUUUUCACCAGCCCCGUGCCGAGAGAAAAGAGUGAGGAACUCAAAGCAAGGUUGACGAAACUCGCAGUAGUGGCAGAGAAGAAAGAGUAUGCAGAAUUGGUGAAGGAUAUUACACCCAAGAAGCCUGUGGAGGAGCCUUUCUCUUCAUACAAAGAUCAGUUAGGAUUUGGUUUGCAUGUUGUUGUUACUAUGUUCACCGGCUAUUUGGUAGGAUAUGCUGCAUUUAGAGCCCUGUUCAGCCACAAUGUUGCGAUGAGUGCUGCAGGAGGCAUCCUUGGUUUGGUUGUUGGAAUGCUUGUUGAAACGCUUCUGUUUAUUAUACGAUUUUCCGAUUCGGAUCAGCAACCCAAAUCUUUCACGUCGAAGACUAAAAAGGAUCAGUGAGCUUUUAAGAUGGAUGUGCAUAUUUUUGUUUCUAUAUAGAAUUUUCUCUGUUUUUAUAAUACUGGUAUUAAAACUGAAUUCUGCAUUUGCCGUCUUAAGAUGGGCCUGCAUAUUGGCGAUUAUGGAGUGGUAAUCUCGUUGUUUAGGAGUUGAACUUCUUGAUCCCCUGUUCCUUGUAUUCUUUGAGAGUCUCGUUAUCCCAUUAUGAUCCAAAAAUUCUGCUCUGCGGGGAAUUAGUUAAAUCUUGGGUUGUAUUAGGAAACACCUCCAAUCUCUUCUCUUAUUAAUUAAGCAAUAAAAGGAGGGAGGGGAGCAUGCAAUCCAAUGUAGGUAGUUUUGUUUUGCCUCUGUAUUCUUUUUCCCAUGCAAUUUAUGAUUUCACUAAUCUUUUUUAUAACUUUGAAGGAGAAUGUGUUUUGGCAAGUAUGAUUAACACUAAAGAUCCAGAUUCUUUAGCCAGAGCAUUUUGGCAAAGAUUGGAUCCAUAGAAUGCUGUUAAUCAUGUUGUUCAAAAACUAACAGCUUGUUUGUCAUAAUAAUACACUUGAAUUCGUAC